UCAGCUGUCUGGGCAUGCUGAGAGUUGUAGUUUUGCAACAGCUGGAGGCACACUGAUUGGGACAGUCUGCAUUAGAGCAAUAAUCCCCAACCUAGUUUUGCAACAGGUUAGGGAAACGCUUUUUGGCUGUAGGGGCAUGCUGGGAGUUGUGGUUUUGCAACAGCUGGAGGCACUCUGGUUGGGAAACAGUGCAAUAGAAUAUAUUCCUGUGCUGAGGGACCUUUUUGGGUGAGACUUUUCGAAAUGUCUACAGUGUCAGAGCUCGUGUGGAUCAGAAACAAUCGCAGUCAUUGAAUAAUUUAACAAGCACUGAAAACGGAAGAAACCAGAGCAGGUCAGGGAUCUGCUGCGACACACCAACAGUUCCCUACGUGGCUGCUGCGUCCUGUGUGGAGGGUCCCGGAAAAAACGUCCUGUGAUGUCACGGACCCCCGAGGAGCAAAGCCUCGCCAAGACCAUUGACCGGCAGUGGGGACUGAGUCCGCCCAUCCCACCGCAGUGCAGGAUAUCCCAGGAGUUAUGGAUGUGGGCCAAAUGUCAGGUCCUGUCUACACUGCGGAUGCCCUUUGCAAUUGCCGCCAGUCUGCCAGUUCUUAAAAAAGCUGCAGGGAAAGAGGAUUCCUGUGAGUCCAUGCUUCCCAAGACCUUCCCUCCCUACAAGUCUGACAAUCCUAUGAAAUCUUCACGGACCCACCAGGAGCUGCAUCGAGAACUGCUGCUCACAUGCAAGAAGGGCCUGGCCCUACACAGUAAGCCUGAACUACUCCGUGUAUUGGAGAAGAGGAGGACUGAACGGCAGGAAGGUCUGAACACCAAGACGUCUCAUUGUCCCCUACAGCAGGAACUACACAAAUGGCAGCUGCGAAGAGAAGAGAGAGAGCAAAAAUCUACCAAAAGUGAUGGUCCAGACGUCCACGAGUUUCUACUAGUCAGACAGAACCUUCGGAAAUCCACAACACGAGAUGCCCAGAGCCCACCACCACCUAUCAGCUGAACACCUUCAUUCAACAAAGGACUUAACAUGAAAUUGACACUGGUUCACCUGGAAUUCUUUGUUCUGAAGGUCACGAGUACAGAAAGAUAAUCGAACCCAGGACGUCCUGUUUUAUCUUCAGCAUCGCUGCAUAAACAGAACAUCAGUGCUGAAAGCUUUCUAUUAAAGAGGAAAUUCCACACAAUGUGGGAAACCCAAAAGCCACCAGAAUCUAUAUGUGUGAAGUUCAAAAAUCAAGGAAUGGAAAAAUCUUGAACUGGGAUAAAACACUAUUUAGCUGCUCAUGGGUGGACCUAAUUGUUCAGUGGGUGGAGCUAAUUAGUGUUUCCUACUUAUCGCUGUAAACUUAUUGGACCAUCUUUCAAAGUUCUAUAGGACAACCAUGUAAAAACCCUUCUGUCAGAGACACGUCAAAAGAUUCAACCAUUGGAAUCCCACCAUGAUUAGACGAUGAUUAUUAUUUCAAGGGCCCAUACGGAUAAAUAAACUGUACUAAAGCCUUAGGGGCUUAUCAUUCUGUAUAGAAGUGGGUAAAGAUGAAACACCAUAUAACUGAUGAUAUCAGAGGUCACAGCAGCAGGAGAUGAGUAAAGUGGUCCCUCAACAUACGACGGUAAUUGGUUCCAGGUGGACCAUCGUUUGUUGAAACCAUCAUAUGCUAAGGGAUUCGUACCAUGGAUGCUCAAUCAUACUGACAUGUCCGCGCCGCUCCGACCCAUCAGUUUGCCGCUCCUCUGAUGCCAUAUCACUAAGUCGCCACCGCCCUGUACCGUUGCUCUCUGUCGCCGUCAUCACGUCGCCGCUAACGCCAUCCGUAUUGGAAGACUGAGCGGCGACGGAGAGCGACGGAGCAGCGGCAGCAGAGGAGCAGUGAAAUGACGGGCUGGAGCGGCGGGAAGAUGUAAGUAUCAUUCAGCGAGGCACAUGGGGCACAUUAAAGAGCUAACCGGCGGCAGCUGAAGCAGCGAUGGCCCCGACAGACAGAAGCAUCGUAUGUUGAUGCUGACUUCAACAUAUGAUGGCCUCUGAUAGGCCAUCGUAUGUUGAAAUGAUCGUAUGUCGAGUCCAUGGUAUGUCGGGGGACCACUGUAACAUCAUUUUGCUUGGGGCAAUGUUCUGUCUUAUGUAAUUGUGUUAUUGAGGAUUAAACUAUACAUGGUUGUAAUAUUCUGAGGUAUAAGGAGGGUAUAUGGGCCCAAUUAAACUAACGCAGUAGAAUUGGUAUGAAAUCCACCUCUGCAACAAACAAAGUUCAUACCUGUCAUCUUUUACCUACUGUACAGCAUUAUCACAGUUAAUAUUGUACUUUUACAUAAU